UGCACGCGGGAGGCUGACGGGGCAGCGGCACCCGCGAGCCGUCACCGGGCGGGGCCAUCGCAACCGCGCGCAAAGAGGCCGAGCGGGAGCCCGGACCGCGCGGGACCAGGUACUUUGUGCUCUGCUGAGUUUGGUGUUACCCAGGGCUCCUUUUCUCAGUUGGAUGGAACCCUAGUACAGAGACCUCUUUCUUCUACCUAUGAAAAGAAGCACCUGAAUGCUUAAAAGCACAGCAGGACCCCAAGACCUGGCUGGAAGAUACCACCUCUCCUCGCCUCUGCCCUUCCCACAGACUGUUCUGCAAUGACCACAGCAAGGUACCGGCCCACCUGGGACCUGGCCCUCGACCCACUGGUGUCCUGCAAGCUGUGCCUCGGGGAAUACCCAGCGGAGCAGAUGACAACCAUCGCGCAGUGCCAGUGUAUCUUCUGUACCCUGUGCCUGAAGCAGUAUGUUGAGCUCUUGAUCAAAGAAGGGCUAGAAACUGCAAUUAGCUGCCCGGAUGCUGCCUGUCCUAAACAGGGCCACCUUCAGGAGAAUGAAAUUGAGUGUAUGGUUGCAGCUGAAAUUAUGCAGAGAUAUAAAAAACUACAAUUUGAAAGAGAGGUGCUCUUUGACCCUUGUCGGACGUGGUGCCCAGCAUCCACCUGCCAGGCCGUGUGCCAACUCCAGGACAUAGGGCUGCAGACCCCACAACUGGUACAGUGCAAAGCCUGCGACAUGGAAUUCUGCUCCGCUUGCAAAGCCCGCUGGCACCCUGGCCAAGGCUGCCCAGAGACCAUGCCCAUCACAUUCCUUCCCGGGGAGACCAGCUCUGCUUUCAAGAUGGAAGAGGGCGACGCGCCUAUCAAACGCUGCCCCAAGUGCAGGGUGUACAUCGAGAGGGAUGAGGGCUGUGCACAGAUGAUGUGUAAGAACUGCAAGCAUGCCUUCUGCUGGUACUGCCUGGAGUCUCUGGACGAUGACUUCCUUCUGAUACAUUAUGACAAGGGGCCCUGCCGCAACAAGCUGGGCCACUCCCGAGCAUCAGUGAUCUGGCAUCGGACACAGGUGGUGGGAAUUUUUGCUGGAUUUGGUCUCCUGCUCUUAGUGGCCUCCCCUUUCUUGCUCCUGGCCACACCCUUUGUACUUUGCUGCAAAUGCAAGUGCAGUAAAGGCGACGAUGACCCAUUGCCCACCUAGAGAACGGCAUGAUGCUGGAACAGACCCCUUCCUCGGGACAUGUGGCUCCCCUAUCCCCUAAUACCCCUCUCACUAAACAUGUUUUUUGCCUUAUGUGCCCCAUUGAGCUUCAGUGUCCGGCUUGCUGCAGAGAUUUCAGGGAUGACACCAGCAAGUGGGCAGAGGCCCAGGUGUGAUCUCUUGGGUGCUGCUGAGGCAAGGGAGGCAGAAGUGGGUGGGGGGCAUCCCACGGAGUCGUUCUGUCUGCAGACCUGGCUGGAGGUGGCACCAGCUGCACAUCAGGCAGUUUCCUCCAUAGACUGGAAAUGUCCGGUGGGAGUUUACGAGACCUAGUUGGACAAAGGGACACCUUGGCUUCACGAUGGCACUGCGUUGUCAGGAGAAGUCUUCAAGGAUUAGGACUUUCUUUGCCAGCACCUGAAUAUCUGACUUGAGAAAACCACCCUGUUUGUGACAACUGUUUUUAUUCCUAGAGGCAUUUAGUAAAAUCCUUUUUAGAAGGCUUUUUUCCCCCUGUCAACUGAGUAGUGAAAAUCAAUAAGGUGCGUAUAAACCAUCCUAUGCCUUUUUACAAAAUGUGCAUUUUAUGAAGUUAUAGAUAAAUCUUUUCUGGCCUGGCCAUUUUUUUCAGGAGCUACAGAAAGCCUUAUGCACACUCUGUGUUUUUCUUGGAACCUGCUGUAAUCAGUUUUUGAAUGCUGUGAGCUGUGUACUGUUACUCACACGGGCCCCGUGUCAUUGCAUUUCUUUGAAAACACUGCUCCAUUUGAAGGAUCACUUCCAGCUUUACACUGUUGCCCUCUGCCCCAGUUCAGAUUACAGGGCGCCUCCCUUCGUCCCCUUUCUCCCAGGUGGCAUCGGAUGCCUUUGAGUAUCUUUAAACCAGUUGUUUUCCUCUGAACUGAUUUUACUCUGAGUGACUCUGUUUUGAUUUCUUGCCCCACUUUCUAGGUAGGCAGCAAGGACACAGUGUCAUCUAUCCCUGGGGAGCUCUUGGAGGCUGGGUUGGAGCUUUCUGAAGUCUAUUCAUUGUUCAAAUGCUUUAAGUAAUUUGAAAAAUCAUGUGACUCACAUAGUCUGAACCCUGUAGUUAACCAGUUUGUUCUUGCUAGGAAAAAAAUACAUGAGAAAGAAUGGAAAAGAAAGGAAGGAAGGAAGGAAGGAAGGAAGGAAGGAAGGAAGGGAGGGACACUUCUGUUUCAUUUAAUUAUUCUGAUGUGCAGAGUUUGUGAAUUGAUACUUCCGUGGGCUAUGUGACAGUUUCCAUGUCAACAAAGAGCAAGAUAAUAAAAAGACACAGGUAUUCCAUGGAUUAACUCCGAAAAUAGGAAGGAGUGCUUUCUUUCAGAAUUUGGCUUUCAAAGUUCAGUGUGCUUCCCGGGAGCAGGCUAGGGAUGCAGAGGGUUGGGGAGCGUGUGGCUGGGCUGAAGGCUUUUUAAGCAUCCUACAAAGGAGUGAAGCAAACAGAGUCCUCUCAUCUCAGCCAUUUGUCUACUACAGGCACAUAUGUAGUGGCUGUCUGUGCGACUCUGCAUUUAUGGGGCAAUGUCAAGCCCUAGUGGACACUCCCUGCAGAGAAAUGACUUCAUUUUCUUUAUUUUUAAUUGACAUUGAGUAACUGAGGUAAAACAGAACCACUGGUCUCUUACCCUCUGGUACUUAUUUACUUUAUUAAACUAAAGCCAUUUAGAAGCUCAGUCCUCAUCAAAACCACACUCAAAAAGUCCCCUGGUAGUUGCAAAUUACAAGUUCACUAAUCAGGUGUGACUCCGUCUGAGACCUUUCUUCUGGGUGAAGCUGAGGCCUUGAGCCUCUGUGGUUGGAAACAUGAGGAAAGGUGGCCUGACUUUUCUGGAAAGGGCUGACAACUUCGUGUGAGUCAGUAGCUGGGAUUUGAAACCUCUAGCCUGUAAUUUGUAUGAGAAGCUAUCCAGCCACUGCCCCUUAAAAUGCCUGUCAGGAGUCUCGGCAGUCCUGGGCCCUGGUUCCUUCCUGCCUUGCCUUGAUUACUGCUGUCUGAUCAUUGUUCAGUGACAUUCUAUUCUUGCACUGGGGGGUGACUGCAGCACAGGCCUCCUAAUAAAAGACGGGGUCACCUUAUGUCUGGGAGACUUCUCUGGAUGUUCACACACCUCUGCAACCUCACCUACUCUCACAUAUGCUUAGCUUCUUAAGCAUAUGGCUGGACACGGGUGGGAACCAUAGGGACACUGGGGCCAAACAGGUGUGGCCAGAGCAUCCUGUUUUCCCUGAAUUUUUGUAUCAAGCACACUUAUUCAGUUGGCUUUAGUGAUAUACCCAAAACUAUAGGGUGUUUUCCUAUAGAAAUACCAGCAAGACUAUGUUGAAAUACAUAAACUUGUGUAUUUUCCCUGUGGGAGUUCUUUCAGUAGAGGCUACCACAUGCAUUUAUUAUGGACAUUCAGCUUGAAGUAUGUGUGAUGUGAAAUGCACAUGGAACAGUAGAGAUGGCCCCAGAUGCAGCUGGUCUCUUUGUCAGUCCUAAGAAGCCUGAGGGGCUCUGUGAUCAAGCGUGGCCUCAUUUCUGUUGUUCAGUGUGGUUCGUCAGAAGUGAAAAUGGAGUUCCCUGAGACAGAUUGUUUUCCUGAGAGAAGACCUGGCCUGGUGGAGAAAACUCUUACUGACAGGCUAUGGGGCUGUUUAGUAUGGCUUCACUAAGCACUUGCUGGUCUGUGGGUUAUCUGCAGCUGACCAUGCUCCAGAGUCUUACUGGGUGUGCUUAUCUCUCCCAAACUCAGUCCUGCACCUUGUGUCCUACGUGGUGAGGCUUCACAUUCUCACCCAGGGUGAUGCCUGCAGAGGCUAAGUCCUGGUAGAUGUUCAUGGAGGACCAGGCAACAGCUCUGUGCAGGGACAGUGAUUUGGAUUCCAUGACUUACAGAAGACCUCACUACCCAGGAGUAGCUCAGAUAGUGGAACUUGUCUAACCACCCCCCUUUUCUACCUAUCUUGAGGAGAAGAAAUUCUCUGUACAGUGUAUUAUUCCAUAAAGCAGAUAUGAGACCCUGGCCAGUUCCCACUGAACACAGUGCAGAUGGGAGGAAGGAUAGUCAGGCUUGAAAAACUGGCUUCAAGGUGAAUUUAUCUUUUCCACUGGAGUUAGAAAGGGGAAAGGUUAUUUUAUGAGUUAGAAGAGAAGCGUUUCCUUCAGUAGUCUUUAAAAAUUAAGGGACUGAAAAAAAAACAGGGAGGACUUAUUUUGUAUACUUUCCAGAUUUCCACUGAUUAAUAAAUGUACUUAUGAAUAUAUAUAUGUAAAUCACAAUGAAAUUAUCAAGGGAAACCACUUUGCAUGUAUACCAUUUUAUGAAGGUUUCCUUAAAGAAAAUAAAUACCAAAGCUUGUUUGUUUCUCCCUCACAAUGAACCCAAACCCUUAAGGAGUUAAAUGAGGUGAAGAAAUUUGGCUGUUGCCAAAAACUCAACCAGGAGGGAAGGGCUUAUGUUCAAACAAUUACUGAUGCCCUGUGACUAGGGGAACCCGCCCUUUUGGUAGUUAAAAAUGGUCCCCAGCCUUCCUGACUUGUAUAAUCCUGUCUUCCAAGAUCCCAGGGCCCUUCAGUUAGGUGUAGCUGUGUGCCUCGUGCCUGAUUUUUCUUUUAUACUUUGCUUACUUUGCCUUGGGUGUAUUUUAACCUUGUAUAAAAAACCAUGCAUGUGUCAGUCAUGCGCACGUGCACACGUAUACAUUCUGUAUCUGACAAAUGGUGGUAAGACCAAACAAAAGAAACAAGAAAUUUGCAUUUGUGGUUUUGCAAUGUGAGUACACUUUGUACCACUAACACUGUGAUGUAAAAGAGCUGUCUGAAUGCCUUUUCAUGUUGUGGUUUGUACUUUAGAAUCCUAUGGAAACAUUUGAUGUAUAACUUCAAUACAUAUUUUAAAUGUAUUGUGUCUUAUGUAGUCUGUCUCCCCUUUCAAAGGGAUAUCUUUUUAAAGGUAUUUUGGCUGGAAUACAGGUGAUUAUUU